UAUGAUGAUGCAUCAACCACGUCUUGCGUUAUGCAUUUAUCAUAUUUACUUAUCGUUUACAAACUGUAAUUGAAGAUAUAUUUGUGCCAGAAUUGCAAAAAUAUCGUACCAACGAUGGUCUUGUUCGAAAGUCUUAAUCACCCGUCUUUCUCAAAUCUUCAAUGUCAGCGUGAAGCAACUUCUAUGUGAAAGUAACAUGAAACCUAUUUAUGCUGCUAAAAUUUUUGUUAUACGCGAACUUUGCGAAUGAAAAAAAUGUCUUUCGUGCUCGAAAAUGACGAAGAAACUUUUGCUAAAACUAUGUAUAAUUAAAUCAAAAUUCAAAUAAGAAUGUAAGAAAUGUAAAUGGAUAAAGAUGUUAUGAUUUAAUUAUCAAGUAAUAAUUUAUGUUAAAUUUAGAAAUGUUAUAUUUAUGUGAUUUGGAGUAAAAAAAGAGGACAAUUUUCACAAAUGUCUAAUUUUAUACUCUUUAAAAAAAUGUUUUGAAGAAUCUUGGAAAUUAGCAAGUAGCAAAUGAGGAAAAACCAUUUCCAACAAGGAAAUCUUAUUGAGUUGAAUACAUGAAAAAAACUGUAUGCAUAUAUACUACUAGAUAAAAAACUAGAUCUUUGCAAAUUAAUCUUAUAUAAUCAUCAUAUACAUAUGUGUGCAUAGGUGUACUGGUGAGAGUGUCAUGAUAUUGAUAACACGAAGGCUAUCCGGUGAUCGGCCGAACCCGACCUACGGUGAACAGAAUGGACACUUUGCUGUCCGAGAGCAACAGUGAAAGUAUUAACGCGUCCCCCUUUCGUAUCUGGAACGAGCGAGGGGGACCUGUAGUUCCUGAGCGUGUAUUCUCCGUGCGGCACGCAUUGGGAACGACCCUGGCUGACGUCGCCGCCGCUGCUGCCGUCGUCGUCGUCGUCGUCAUCCUCCUCACCGUUCACUGCCAGUCUUCAGUUUACCGCGCUCAGUGCGGUCGAUCGUGUUGCGAUCGUGGAGGAGACUCGCACAUGCGAGGAGUUCGCCAAUAUAUCAAUAGGACCUACUACGAGACUUCGAUGUGACUCUUCGACUACUUAUCUGCAAAACUGACGAUUGUUCUUCAGGGAAGCAGGUGUUAUAUAAAGGGACCACGCUGUUUGAAUGAUGAAACUACUUGCGGGCGUAGAGGAGGUGAGCGACCACUGUGAAAAAGAGUCUAAUAAUGGCCAACUGCAUAACAAUAAUAGUCAUGAAAAGCAAUCUGCGACAGAAUUGGUUCAAGAAGCAAGCAAGCCGCUCGUCAACAAGGCAUGCGACAAUUCGACAGUCAAGGAAAAACCGGAAGAGGAAGAAGAUAUGAGACGAUUACGUCGGUUCGAAGAGGCGCCCGAAUUUCUUCAAUAUAAUCCAUACAUACUACGUGGUUACCGAGGCUGCUUGACCACCAAACUAUGCCUCGAAAGCAUAUUUUGGUGGACAAACGAGACCGUCAACAUAUGGAGUCACAUCUUCGGCUGGAUGCUCUUCUUCGGUCUGACACUAUACGAUCUCUGUUUACUGAAUAUUCAUGCGCCGUUCAGCGACAAAUUGAUCGUGUCCUUGCUGCUUCUUUGUUUUCAGAUAUGUAUGAUUCUUUCGUCCGUAUAUCACACAUUUUCGUGUCGAAGCGAAAAGGAUUACUGGUGCUUCUUAUCCUUCGACUUGUUCGGCAUUGCUCUGAGCAUGUUGUCGAUCUACUUGUCUGGUGUUUAUUAUGCUUUUUGGUGUCACCAGGAAUUACAGUGGUUCUAUCUGAUAACUGUGCUCGUAAUCUUCAUUUUCGCGAUGAUACUGCAGAUACCGAGCCUGAAUAUCAACGGCAACAUUAAGCUAGCUGUAUUUGUGUCUUGGGCGAUAUAUGGAGUGCUGCCAACGCUGCAUUGGACCAUCGCGAUGGGCGGCUUCGAUAAUCCGAUCGUUAAGUUACUCAUUCCCAGAGUGAUAGGAAUGUACAUUAUUAACGCGAUAGCGUUCGCGUUCUACAUGUUCAAGAUACCCGAACGUUUUUGCCCAGGCUGGGUAGACUAUGUCGGUUCAUCGCAUCAAUGGUGGCACGCAUUGGUCGUGCUAGCUCUCUAUUACUGGCAUAACAGUGGAAUGCUUUAUGUGGAAUACAGAAUGAAUCAUGGAUGUCCAAGGAGUAGGCCAUUAUGACAUACGGAUUCCGACGGCCAGCCACCGUCCGUCCUCGCCAUGGACUGUGCUUGCUUGAUGAAGGCUUGGUCGUCGUUAAUCACGGAACCGCCGUUUUAUGGUAUCUCGAAGAAUACAUCUUGCGAGAUACAAAAUCCACUGCGAGUAUACGCGUAUCGAUAGUCUCGAUACGUCUUUAGGGAAUAAUUAGAUUGCGAUUUUUAAAUGGAAAGAAACACUCGCCGUGGGUAUUAUUUGCAAUGGUCUGUAGCUCUAUUUAUGUUCAUUCAACAUCGAUAUUUAUACCUAUUUUGCAAGAAUAAUUUUUUUUUCAUCUUAAACCACGUUCUUUUUUUAGGUCCUUAAUCUUAGCAGGAUUAAAGACAAGUUAAUAUUAAUUAAUUAUUCAAUGUCAUUAAAAAUAUUCUUGAAAUUU